ACAAUCAUUUACCCAUUGAUGAAGGACACUCUUCGAAGUGUUGGCGACAAGCAUCAAACUGAAAUGCCAUCGUAUAUGACGAACGCUCGUCUUUCUCCCUCUACAAUCACACCCAUUUGAUUGAAAAUUUUAAUUCUUUAAUUUCUUCUUUCAUUUUUUCCUUUUUUUUUUUUCUCGAUUUUCAGCAAGAAUCAAGAUCCUGACCCAUCACAGAAUAUUUGACGUUCCUUGCGAUUCCAGAGACUGAUCGAACCGACUCUCUUUGCUGCUCUGUCACCACGCGUCAUUCUUCAAAAUCCGGCGAAUCGGCGCUGUGGGUUUGUAGAUAAAUGCUGUGGGGCUCGUGAUGUGAGGUUUUGUAGCAUAGGGGAUUACGAAAGUUACCGCUUGGUAGCGUUUGAGCAAUAGGGUUCCGUAGUUCUGAUCCUUGUAGAUGCAAUUUGUUUGGUAUGGCUUUCACUGUUAAAUACAAUUUGGGUUUUGGGUUUUCGACGGAGUUUAUCGUGGUGGGCUGUUGUCAAGCUGACUAAAUUUGAUACUCUGCUCGUUUGAUUUGCUGUUUGGGUGCUUAAUCGAUUGAAGAGUAGCGCUACAGUGUUCAGGUGAAUUCAUCUGGUGUUGGCCGCUUGUUAGAUUUCUGUUGGGGAGUUGUGAGAUUGGAAUGUUGCUUAAUUGGGGAUGGAUAUCUUUCAGCUCGAUAAUAUUGCAAGAUUUUGAUUAAGAUGGCUGUACUCAGCAAAACCAGAAGUACGAUCGAGGGGCUUGUUAGAGAUAGUUCAUUCAAAUGGUUGUUAGGGAAGCGAAGCUUUUUUGAUGAAGAACUUGAAGAAAUUGAAAGGUCUCCAUCUGCUCAGAGAAAUUGGAUAAGUGAGCUCUCUCCAUUUGCCAAUGUGGUUGUUCGGAGAUGUACAAAAAUCCUUGGUGUUUCUGCCAGCGAACUUCAACGAAGUUUUAAUAUGGAGGCCAUUGAUUCAAUAAAGAUUCCCUCAAAUUAUGCAAGAAACUUUCUGGAGUAUUGCUGUUUCAGGGCACUUGCACUAUGUACACAAAAUACGGGAUAUUUGGCUGAUAAAAAGUUUCGACGCUUGACAUUUGAUGUGAUGAUAGCUUGGGAAGCUCCAGCAAGUUCUAGCCAGCCUUUACUUAAUAUUGAUGAAGAUGCGUCGGUUGGGGUGGAGGCUUUCUCUCGAAUUGCUCCAGCUGUUCCCAUAAUUUCCAAUGUGAUCGUCAGUGAAAAUCUUUUUGUGGUGCUUACUUCAUCAGCCUGUGCUAGACUUCAGUUUUCUGUUUAUGACAAGUACCUGAGCGGGCUAGAAAAAGCGAUAAGAAAAAUGAAAAAUCUAUCAGAGUCAAACCUUCUUCAGUCUGAAAGAUCAUUAAGAGAAGAAAAGAUUUUAGAAAUGGAUGGAACAGUCACCACACAACCAGUUCUUGAACAUGUAGGAAUUUCUACUUGGCCAGGUAGGUUGGUUCUGACAGAUCAUGCACUUUACUUUGAAGCUCUUCGUGUGGUGUCAUUUGACAAGGCAAAGAGAUAUGACUUAUCUGAUGAUCUGAAACAGGUUGUCAAACCUGAAUUGACUGGACCAUGGGGCACCCGGCUCUUUGAUAAGGCAGUUCUGUAUAAAUCCACGUCCUUAUCAGAACCAGUUGUGAUCGAGUUUCCUGAACUUAAAGGCCAUACUCGUCGAGAUUUUUGGCUGGCAAUCAUCCGUGAGGUUUUAUACGUUCAUAGAUUUAUCAACAAAUUCCAGAUAAAGGGAAUUCAAAGGAGUGAAGCUCUCUCAAAAGCUGUCCUUGGAAUUCUACGUUUACAAGCCAUUCAAGAUAUAUAUUCUACACCAUCUCUUGGGUGCGAGUCGCUUCUCAUGUUUAAUCUUUGUGAUCAGCUCCCAGGUGGGGACUUAAUAUUGGAAACCCUUGCAAAUAUGUCGGACAUGAAGGAGAGUGACCGGACAAACAGAUCCAGUCUUGCAAAGGGAAUGUAUUCAAUCUCAGCACUUGACCUAGUAUCUCACUUGGGAUUUGGAAUGGGAACAGCUUUAAGUGAUUCCAACGAAAAUGAGCUUCUUGUGGGUGAGAUUGCUGUUGGAAAAAUGACUCCUCUGGAAAGGGCUGUCAAGGAAUCAAGAAACAACUAUGAAAAAGUGGUGAUGGCUCAAGAGACAGUUGAUGGAGCAAAAGUAGAUGGGAUUGAUACCAAUUUGGCAGUGAUGAAGGAAUUAAUGUUGCCAGUGAGUGAACUUGGGAAGUUCCUUCUUUCUUUGGCACUAUGGGAAGAUCCUAUUAAGUCUUUGGCAUUCUCUUUGGUCUCCAGUUACAUUAUCUACAGGGAUUGGCUGCCCUACGCCAUUGCUCUACUACUUGCAUUCAUGGCAGUCUUCAUGAUGCUUACGCGGCUCUUCAACCAAAAUACCUCCGUCGACGAAGUUAAGGUCGUAGCCCCUCCAGCAAUGAAUGCAAUGGAGCAGCUUUUGGCUGUUCAGAAUGCGAUUUCUCAAGCGGAACAGUUCAUCCAAGACGGGAACAUCUUUCUCCUCAAACUACGUGCUUUGCUGCUGGCCAUUUUCCCUCAGGCCACAAUGAAGUUUGCAGUUUUUCUUCUAGUGAUGGCCUUAACUCUGGCCUUCUUGCCCACAAAAUACAUACUUUUAGUGGUGUUUUUGGAGGGAUUUACAAGGUACUCACCACCAAGAAAACCAAGCACAGAAAGAUGGACAAGAAGAGUAAGGGAAUGGUGGUUCAGCAUUCCAGCUGCUCCUGUAAUUCUGGAGAGGGAAAAGGAAGACAAGAAGAAGAAAUGAAUUGUGAUCCUUUUGUUCGUAAUUACAUGUAGAGAAGCUGUGGUAUAUGUAUUUUACUUUUGGGUUUCAUUUCCUGUUGUCUUGUGAGGAGGGUAGGAGUGUAAAUUUUCCAGAUACACACACUUAUAAUAAUGCUAAGGCAAAACAAGUCAGAAAUGGUAUGUUUAUUUUUUUCAGUCA